UUCUUUCUAGUCGGCGCAUAUGUACUUAAAUCAGAGUGUGUGUAGCGUGCGGAUGCUGUGGGCUGUUUCGCCCGCCUAUCAACAACACUCCUGUGGUGUUCCGGCGUAACGUUGCUGUUGUGAAUCAUUUUUCGAAGCCAAAGUGUCACAACAGAUCGCGCAAUGGACAUCGAUUCGAUGACGGUGGCUGACUUGAAACGCGAGCUGAAGGCGCGGAACCUCACCCUUAAAGGCGCCAAAGCCGAACUGGCACAACGGCUCAAGGAUGCUUUGUCACAGGCAGAGAGACAAAUCAGUGAUGAUCAGCUCCCAGAAGGAGAGCUGUCAGAUGAAGGGCUUCUGAACGAAGAUGAUCUUUUAAAGGAAACUCCUGAUUCUCCUGUCAAGCACAAGGAUGUUCCUGUUCCUACAACUGUACAACAGCCAAUCAUGGAAAAACCGAAAGCUUUCGUUGUAUCUGCGACAGCAUUGCCUGUACCCCAAGUAGUGAAGACAGCAGCUGCUCUCCAGAAAGAAGGUGUUUUGCAGUCUAUGGAAGAUGAUUUGUUUUCGGAUCGACCAGAGGCCCCUGCUGCACCGCUUCCCGUAGCUCCACGGGUUACCGCAGAUAAGCUCAAGGCGCGUGCUGCACGGUUUGGCUUGCUUGAAGCUAAACUUGAAGAACGGGCCAAAAAAUUCGGCACGGGUACAGCAAGUAAGAUUGGAGCCGCGCCCGACGUAGACAAGCAGAAGCUAGUAGAUCGUGCAAAAAGAUUUGGACUUUCUGUUGGUGAAGACGGACGAGCCAAUCAGACACGAGCCAAUUCAGCAGCGACUUUUACGGCUGUCUCGGUUACCAACUCCCGGAUCAAUAACAUAAGCGAAGCCGAUCUUGAGAAGCUCCGUAAACGAGCAGAACGGUUUGGAGGAAACGUAUCGUCUGUCGCUGCUAAAAUGGUCGAAGCUGAAAAACUAGCUAGAAGAAAAGCGAAAUUUGAAGGAGAGGUAACCACCGGAAGCGCCACUGUCCGCAACAUCGGCGAUAGCAAGGGGACAGAAAACGAGUCCAACAUUGUUCCGCCGGCUCCAAAACGAAAACCUAUCGUCUUUUAGGGCAUGCGAACUGCAAACACAAGUAAAUUAUUGCGCAUGACUUAAGUUAUACAUAAUAGUCUGUCUAGGACCAAUGCAAGCUGUCAUGUAACGACACAGACACAAAUGACCGAUUAUGAAAAUCGCCAGUAUGCGUUGAGCGAUGAACCAUAAUACUCGGCGAUCGCUUUAGCUCGCGGGCUGAUAAACGAUAAAAUCCAGCGCAACUUCUUCGAAGUGAAGCUACACAAUCCACAAACGAUUACCUCAUGGUUGAGAUUCUUUGAAAAAAAUGCCUCUUUUGUGUAUAUAAGCUACUUGAUUAAGCAUACCACUAGCAGAUGUCUCAGUAAAGUAUUUGAUAUAAAAGUAAAACAGAACAUCAUAUAAAUGUGUGGGAAAUGACCGAGAAAUCACGUUAAAAAAAAAUAACACUGGCUCUUGGCACUGCUGGAGCCGCGAACUAGUGAAGCUUGCGAUCAUUAAAUUUUUGAGAAUUUGAGCACAACUAUAGGCCUAUCGCAUAACCGCAUUCAGAGGAGAGCGUUAACCUUUAUUUUGGCUUAAGUAAAAGUUUAGCAGGCUUAGAACAACCUGAAAGACUGUUGUGACAGGCUAAACAACUGUCUAAACAGAAGUGAGUAGACGAGCAAAAAAAACAAAGCCAAUUGGGGAAUAACUAAAACUCGAGUUUAUCUUAUCGUUGAGAUGGUACAGGUUGAUGAAAAGACUCGAUUGCAGUACGAGCGUGAGCGCUAUAAUUAAAUUUUCCUCUCAGAAUAGAAGGGGAGUUAUUACUGUUAACUUGUGCUUAUAAAAAUAUCAUCAUUUAUGGUCUUUAUAUAAUUUUUCUGUCUAAAAACGAGUUGAGCAACGAGUUGAAGCGCGGCAACGGCCGGUUUCUCGUUAUGGUAGCCUCCGUGAAGUUUUUGUGUGUUCUGUGUGACUGAUGGCUAAUUGAAUAGGUGGAUUUUGAUUAGGUGUAUGCGUGUGUGUGUGUGUGUGUUUGGAAAAAAUGUGAUUGGAAAAAUAGAGAUCCAACGAUGCUUGUGUAGAAUUAGCGCAAUAACGUUCAACUGUUCCAUUUCAACUAACCUAAACUAUUAUUGUGCGAAUCGUUUUACAACAGAAGCUAAUGACGGCGUCCUUAGCUCACGGUACCUAAGCGGAUACAAACGUUAAAAAAAACGGAGUUGGACAUGUUUUGAAGGAAAUUAUAAUAAUGUUUAUCGUUGUGCGGAGUGCGAUAGCGCUAAUAUUUGGAUCGAGUACAGAUAGGGGCUGGUGCAAUGUCAAAUGAAGGAGCUGUGUAGGAUCGUAGCACUUUCGUGCUCUUUCGGAACGCUUGUUUUAACGGCUUGGGGUCUGUAUUACAAAUUGUCAGCCAUACAAACAUCAUCAGCGCCAAAGGACAAAUACGAAAGAAUACACAAUUAUGCUGUAAUAUAAGUUGGUGACCACUAUGUAUAAACGUAUUGCAAAAAAAACAAGUAGAAUAAAACAAAAGCUGCGUUAA